AUGAUUUCAAAACUCCAUAUUGAAAACGAUAUUUCCGCAGCUUUAAAUGCUAUCGUGAAUGGUGUUUCGAUACGAAAAGCUGCUUUGGAUUAUGGGAUUCCUCGCACUACACUUUAUAAUCGUAUCAAAGGCCGCGUCUCCCAUCAAAAAAGUCAUCAGAGUAUGCAAAAGAUUGCCCCGAUUCAGGAGAAACGUUUAGUGGAAUGGAUAUUAGUACAGGAGAGCUUGGGUACUAGUCCUACCUAUCAGCAAAUUCGAGAAAUUGGGGAACGUCUCUUUGAUAUAAAAGAACUCGAUUCUACCCUUGGAAAACGAUGGGUACGCAACUUUUUGGAGAGGAAUCCAGAGAUUAGAACCAAGAGACAAUAUAAGAUCGACUCUGCCCGAGUUUCCGGUGCUUCACAUGAUAUUAUCGCGCCAUGGUUUCGAAAACUCGAUUUACCAGAGAUUAUCGAUAUAAAACCUGAAAAUCGAUAUAAUAUAGACGAGGCUGGUAUAAUGGAGGGUCAGGGUCUCAAUGGCCUAGUAGUAGGAAGCUCCCAGCAUCGAAAUAUUCAGGAAAAAACAGCUUGGUUCAAGAGUUUGGAUGUUUUUUAUCGAGUGUGUUUCAGCGACAGGGCGAGCAUUCAUGUUACUCGUCAUUUUUAA